UGCGGCUGCGCGGCAGGGUGGGUCGCGCUGGCACCCCUCCCCUCGGCUCGGUACCGGCUGGGCGGGGACCGCCGGAGCUGCAGACUAGCACAAGGCCGGACCGAUUCCAGGAGAAGCCUGGUCUUGCCUCCAGCUGCUAUUGCCAGGUAGGUGGAUGUGAGCGAGCUGGUCCUCCAAGGUUCUCCGGAAGCCGUCUGGUCACCGCCGGUACCAUGCUGUCCCCUCAGAGGGCUUUACUCUGCAACCUCAAUCACAUCCACCUCCAGCACGUCUCCCUAGGCUUGCACCUGUCCCGCCAUCCCGAGCUCAGGGAGGGGCCUCUGAGCACGUCCCCUCCCACCGGAGGCAAGGAGAGCCAGGGUCCCUGCAGCAGGACCCUAGUGGAUGCCAACUCCAACAGCCCAGCCGUUCCCUGCCGAUGCUGCCAGGAGCACGGGUCCAGUCUCGAAAAUCUGCCAGACCCUUCUCAGGAAGAAGGGGCUGCCUCGCCCUCGGACCCUGGCUGCUCCUCCUCUCUCAGCUCCUGCUCAGAUCUUAGCCCCGACGAGUCCCCAGUCUCGGUCUACUCUCGGGACCUGCCUGGCCAUGAGGUGUCCCACCCGCAGCCCAGCGUCCUCCCCCUGGAGCAGGGCUCCUCGCCGGCGUCAGCAGGCCCUGGCACCUGCUCCCCGGACAGCUUCUGUUGCUCUCCCGAUUCCUGCUCCAGAGCUUCCUCCUCGCCCAGCCCUGGCCUGGACUCGAACUGUAACGCCCUGACCACCGGCCAGGACCUCCCUUCCCCAGGCCUGGACGAAGAAGACAAUGCCGAGCAGGAUCUCGCUACCUCUGAGCUUUCGGAAGCCGAGGAUGGGAAAAUCGACAGCGGGAAAGUCGAGCCCAGUUGGAAAAUUAACCCCAUUUGGAAAAUUGACACCGAACGAACGGAGGCAGGAUGGAAAAUCAAUAACCACACGGGUUGGAAAGACAACGGCAAUACCGACUUGAGCUGGAAGAAGGACCCCAGGCAGUACGAUUCUUGUUUGACCACCACCAACACCGGAAUCAAUGAUUCUGGCUCGAAGACAGAUGCCGGGGAAAAAAAUGAUGGAGCCUGGAGAGGUGACGUCAGCGAGGAGCCAGUGCCCCACCGGACCAUCACGUCCUUCCACGAGCUGGCCCAGAAGCGCAAGCGGGGCCCGGGGCUGCCCCUCGUUCCGCAGGCCAAGAAAGACCGCAGCGACUGGCUCAUCGUCUUCUCGCCGGACUCCGAGCUGCCCCCGCCCGGCUCGCUGGGACCCUCCCCGGCUCCGUCUCGAGAAGUCACCACGUUCAAGGAGCUCCGGAGCCGGAGCCGGGCGCCGCCCCCUCCGGUCCCACCCCGAGACCCCCCAGCAGGGUGGGCCCUGGUCCCGCCGAGGCCUCCCCCGCCGCCCGUGCCUCCCCGGAGGAAGAAGAACCGUCCCGGCCUGCAACCCAUAGCCGAGAAGCCGCCGGAGGAGGCCCGGGCCGUCAGCCCUGAGGUCCCCGAGGUCCCCGCAGCCGAGGAGCCGCCGGAGCCGGGCGCGGAGGCGGUGGGCGGUCCCCUGCUGCUCCCCGGGCCCCUGGUCUUCCGGGUCUCGGCCGACGGGCGCCCCUUGUUGGAGGGGGCUCGCGCGGGCGCAGCCGCGGGGUCGCUGCUGCUGGCACCCCUGGCCGGGUGGUCGGGCGCACGGCUGAGGCUGCUGGGACCGCCGAGUCCCCCCGAGGAGCCUCUGCUGCCGGUCCGCCUGUCCCCCGUGGGUGCCUAUUCGCCCCCGUCUCGGGGGUCCCUGCCUUGCCUGGCCAGCCCCGAGCUGGCCCUGCUGCUGUCCCCGCUCUUCCCUAGAAGUAGCACCUUCCCCGCCGCGGCUCCCCCACCCCGCCAGGUGCCCGCUCCCCCGCUGCCACCGCCGCCGCGUCCGCAGGAGGCCCCUCGCCCGACCGAGCGCCCGCCGCCUCCGCCCAGGCUACUCCGUAGUUCCUGGUCCUUCGCCGGUGUUCCUGGGGCCCAGCGGCUGUGGAUGGCAGAAGCCCGGAGUGGGACCGGCCAGCUGCAGGAGCAAAAGAAAGGUCUCCUGAUAGCCGUCAGCGCCUCGGUGGAUAAAAUCAUCUCGCAUUUCGGGGCUGCCCGGAACUUGGUUCAGAAGGCUCAGUUGGGGGAUAGCAGGUUGAGCCCAGACGUGGGACACCUGGUGCUGACCACCCUGUGCCCGGCCCUCCAUGCCCUGGUGGCCGAUGGGCUGAAGCCUUUCCGGAAGGAUCUCAUAACCGGGCAGCGCAGAAGCAGCCCUUGGAACGUGGUGGAGGCGUCCGUGAAGCCAGGAUCCUGCACGAGCUCCCUGGGAUCCCUGUACAGCCAGGUUAGACGCCUGGCCCCGCUGAGUAGCAGCCGCAGCCGCUUCCAUGCCUUCAUCCUGGGCCUCCUCAACACCAAACAGUUGGAACUGUGGUUUUCGAGUCUCCAGGAAGAUGCAGGUCUACUGUCCCUCUUGUACCUGCCCACCGGCUUCUUCUCCCUGGCAUGUGGUGGUUGCCCGUCCCUGGCCACGGAGCUGCUGCUCCUGCUGCAGCCGCUGUCGGUGUUCACCUUCCACCUGGACCUGCUCUUCGAGCACCACCACCACCUGCCCCUAGCCCCACCGCAGGCCCCUGCAGGCCCCGCGGGGCCGCCUCCUGCCCUGCAGCAGACUGUGCAGGCCGUGCUGCACUGGGGGAGCCGGCUGGCCCAGAGUCUCUGGGGAGCUCCAGCAGAGGCUACUCAAGGCCCUUUGGACCCGCCAAAGUCUCCCCCACCAGGCAGCUGGUGGGAUCAGCUGACCCAGGCCUCCCGGGUCUAUGCCUCUGGGGGCACCCAGGGCUUCCCUGUUCUCCGGUGGGGACCCACACAUCAUGAAUCUGCAGCUGAGGAUGCACAGGAGAUACCCCCACCCACAGAACAAGCAACGGCCGGCAGAGGCAUGUGGCUUGGGAGGCUGUUUGGUGUGCCCGGGAGCCCCACAGAAACGGAGAGUGGAGCCUUCAAGUCCAGGAGACCAUCUCGCUGGCUGCCCCCGACAGUGAGUGUGUUGGCUUUGAUGAAACGGGGGAUACCUCCUGAGACCCCUUCUCCUGAGGAACUUGUGGCCUCACCAGCUAGCAUGGGGCCGGCUGACAGGGCAGUUCGGGCUCUCUGCGACCACACUGCUGCGGGACCUGACCAGCUGAGCUUCCGGCGUGGGGACAUGCUGCGUGUCAUUGCCACGGUGGAUGAGGACUGGCUCCGCUGUGGGCGUGAUGGUGUGGAGGGGCUGGUGCCAGUGGGGUACACCUCCCUUGUUCUUUAGUCCAUUCCUUCUCUGAGUCAUGUGUCUCCCUCUUGUCCCUUGGGAAUGGAAUGGCCCGUGAAUAUUAAUCUAUGUAAACUGACCAUUCCAGAAGCAUCUUUCCAUCUGUAAAACAUUUCUUUUCACACCUAUUUCUGCUAAGACUUCCACACCCAUCCUGAAGGUGAAAUCUGUUCUAAAUGUAUAAAAAGGAAUUCUCCACAUGCCUCCUUUCCUCCCCAUCUGUAUGAACAAGGGGACAUCUUCCUGUCUGCAAAACAGAACCAAGCCUUCUACCAUGAUCCACGUGGGCUGUGCCAGGACAGUUGUACUUUUGCCCCAAAGCCCACAGGGUUAGUUUCCUCCCUGUGUAUGGAAUCUCUGCCCCGCUUCCUCAACCCACACUGCCUGUAUUUAUGAUGCACUGGACGCCCCUGGUGGGUGGGCCUGUGGCAUUGGUCCGCCUUCCCUUCUUUGUCCCAAUAAAAUAUGGGAGUUGAAUGUA